AUGGCGUUCUACACGGAUAACGAUCCCAUUAUUUGCAGAGCCUUUUCGUUGUCCCUAAAAGAUGAGGCACUCGAGUGGUACCACACUCUUCCUCAAAAUUCGGUGGACUGCUUCGCCACCGUAGAAGCUCUCUUUCGAAAACAGUAUGCUACCAACAGAAGACUGGAGAUGACUCCUGCUGAGCUCCUGUAUGUAGAUCCUCCAAAGUCUAUGGAGGAACUCCAAGCAACGAUCGCGAAAUUCAUUCGCAUUGAGGACCUCAGGAACUCCAGGAAAAAGCAACAACAUGAAAGUCCGAACAAUAGUACCAAAAAAGACAUAAAAUGGUCGUCCAACGACUAUAAAACUGAUCGACCCCCUCGAAAAGAGUCGGGGUGGACACCCAAAUACGAUCAUUAUACAUCCCUCAGCGCACCCAGGGCGAAGGUGCUCGAAGAGGCACUGCACGCAGAAUUCCUCACCGUUCGACGGAAGGCUACUCCAAAGAAUGUUGAUGGCAGUGAAGCGUGUCGACUUCAUCUGAACCAUGGUCAUGAUACAGAAGAAUGUAACAUGGUGAAAUAUGAAUUAAAAAGACUCAUCCGCGCGGGAUAUCUCCAAAAAUACAUAAAGGAGAGAACAUCCACCAGAGCGGCAACUCCCUGCCGGAAGGAAACCUCCCGGCGAAGUCCCGAACGAUCACCUCCCAGGGAUGACCGACGAAGGCGACGAUCCCGGAGCCAACCCUGA